GUCAGUCCGUCCUCCGCCGCGCGAAGCAAUGGCGACCUCGUCGCUGCUCUCGCCGCAGUACGCUCGCCCUGCCCCUCCUCUCCCCCUCCUCCGCCACCUCCCGCCGCAGCCGGCCGUCGCCUCCCCCGGGACGACGGAUCGGCUGCGGCUCCGACUGCGGGUCCGCCGCGCGCCAGCCCCCGCACAAGCCAAGUUCGGCAAGUUCGACGCCGCGGACGCUCCUGCCGAGGCCGAGCCGGCGGCGUCGACGGCGGAGGUCGAUGGCGGGGCGGAGAAGGCGGCGGUGACGGAGGAUGACAGCUCCUUGCCGUCGGAUCUGCAGGGCGCGAUAUGGCAGUCGGGGAAGGCCAGCGCCGACUUCGUCAACUCCGGCGGCAUGCGAGGCAUCGCAGAGCUACUGAUCCCUCAGUUGGAGUUCCUCAAUGAGGAAGGAGCACAGGCCGAGGUCUGGGCGCUGUCGAGAAUACUCCUGGACACACUAGCACAAGAGACUGGCCAGAAAGUUAAGGCCAUCUUCCCUGACGCCGGAGUGGCUGCCCUUCUGAAGUAUCAGUGGAAAGAUGCACAGUUCAAGUGUGCUAGUCUUAGCGAUCGAAAGCCAGUCGAUGCUGAUGAUGAAGUCGUCGUUAUGAUUAUCCCUGAUCAUCAGAUGCUUGAAUCUGUUGAACUCAUUUCAUCUCAACUCUCUGAUGAUCCAAUAAGACCUCUCAUCAUGUGGAACCCACGUCUUGUUAGUGGAGAUGUUGGAGUGGGAUAUAAUGUUCGGAACCUCCGCAGAAAUUUCUUAAGUACUUUUACCACUGUUUAUUCCAUGAGGCCAUUGCCUACUGGUGCAAUCUUCAGAUGCUAUCCUGAAAAGUGGAAAGUGUUUUAUGAUGAUCCAAAUAGACCCAAUCGGUAUUUGCUCGCCAGAGAAUCUUCAAGUCGCCCUGAUGCAACAGAUAUUGAGAUCAUAUUUGGUGGUGGCGGCGCCAGUGAGCAAUCUGAAGAGGAACCCUCAAUGAUGACUAAUGUCAUGGCCGCAUUUAGUUCCGUAAGCCGAUUUAUGAGAGUCAUUUCCAAGUGAAAAUUUGAGGCAGUUAUCUUCACAUUUGAACCAUGGUGAUCACCGUCAGAGGACGAUUCAGGGUUUAAGGCGCAUAUUAGGUUCGAUGGUGCUUGUGUGCAGCACCAAAGGGUAACUCGCUAUGUUCAGAUAUUAGGACAAUGGUUUGCACUUUGCCAUUAGCAAGGUUACAACUGUGUACACACUUCACACAUCAUAUCUGAUCUGUAAAUCUGUCUGAUUCAUAACCAUGUAAUUGUACAUAGAUCUUUUUUUCUGGAAGUAAUGGAUAUAGUUCUCUGUUGUUU